AUGAAUGAUGGGAGGAUGGCGGUGUCAAAUACCCGACCACCCCACGAUCUGGCCAAACCGCUGUUCAGCUUCGAUUUAGUCCCACCCUACAAACAAAAACAGGCUUUCGUCUGGUUAGCUCAAGCGUUUCGUGUCUUUAGCACGUUAAAUGUUCCCCCUGGAAAAGGUUUACGGAAUGUGAUCUCUUCCCUGUGGAGUCUGACGGUCUUACUGAUCUUUCUUUUCCCAGGACAACUAUCUAUCGUAGUCCUCGAACUUACCCCUAGUGAUAUUUACUAUCCCCCUUCUGAAGCGCACGAUUGA